AUGAAUCGCGAAGACGAACCACCGGAGAAAAAGAAGAAGAAGAAUCCAUAUCCUCCGUCGUGGUUUUUGUCGCUUCCAGAUGUAAUCCUUGUGAACUGCUUAGCCCGCGUGCCGAGAUCGUAUUACCCGAAACUCUGCCUAGUCUGCAAAACCUUUCGCUCUCUAAUCUUAUCCACUAAGUAUAAGCUCUCCGUGGCUCGAUUUCACCUCAAAACACAAGAAGAUGUCUUUCAUGUCUGCUUACAGUUGCCCACUCAGGCUCUUCCCUCCUGGUUCAGUCUCUGGAUCAGACCUGACCAAACCCUAACCAACGACAUCGGUAAGAAGAAGAAGUCUACAAGAAACACAUUGCUGGUACCAACACCUUGUUCGUAUAUUCCUUGUGUGCCAAAGUUCAUCGUUUCGGUUGGCUCAGAAUGUUACGGAAUCAGCCAAAGGAAUGAUCCGUCCUCUGCAUUGUGGAUUCGUAAUCAAGAGACUAACAGAGAGAUCCGCUUGUGGCGUGAAUGCCCCAACAUGAGGGUAGCUCGACGGAGAGCUGUCGCGGGCGUUGUCGAUGGUAAGAUAUACGUAAUGGGAGGCUGCGAGGAGAAUGAAACUGCGAAUUGGGCCGAGGUUUUCGACCCCAAGACUCAAACAUGGGAAUCUCUACCCGACCCUGGCGCCGAGGCCCGCCUCUCUUCGAUUAAAACAGUGGAGGUGUUCGGAAGAAAGCUUUACGUUAGAACUAGAAGCAACGAGAAGAAGGACUAUGCUUAUGAUCCUAGAACAAACCAAUGGAGCUAUUUAGAUAAACCACACGUCAAGUUUUUCGUAAAACGUGUAUGGUUACGUUGUGGUUCACAAAAUUUCUUGUGGUAUGACGUAAAGCGUAAAGAAUGGAGAGUGGUCCGAGGUUUGGCUACGUUAUAUAGAAACUGUCGUGGUAGUGUGAUUCAGAUGGCCAGAUUCCAUGGGAAACUCUUAGUCUUGUGGGACAAGUCUGUGCUUCCUGGUCGUGAAUACAAGUAUAUCUGGUGUGCAAUGGUUGCGCUUGAAAAAACCAAGGAUGGUCAUCUUCGCGGAAAGGUUGAAUGGGCUAAUAUUGUGCUUAAGGUUCCCACUUCUUACGUUUUCUUGCGUACGCUAGUGACUUCGUUUUGA